UUUUAUCAUAAUGCUGAGGUCACAUGACAGGGUGACUUUGAUUGUGUUUCAGCAGAUCUGAAAAUAUCUAUUUUGGAAACAAGUGUUGAGCACAGAAAGUAUUUAGCAAGAGUUUUGUAAGCGGCAUGUGGGAUGAGUAGGAAUGUAAAAUAACUUCAAGAUAGCAAACAAUGAAUUUUAGUCCAGAAUGUAGAUGGCUUGCAAUGAAUGAUCUGAAACCACAUAUCUGUGUACAAACUGUGCAGUGGUGUGGGUUCAAUCUGUAAAAACUUGUCAUGUUUGUCAGUCUGAUCUGAGUAAAAGCUACAAUAAUUCUCGCUGAAAUGCAGCGGAGCAGAAGCAUUAAGUAGCAUUGAACAGAAAUAGACAGAAAAAAUCGUCAAACUUGUAUUCACAUGAUCCUGCCUUUCUAUGCUUGGGCUAUGUUCAAACUGAAAUAAACAUGUUUUUAAGUAGCAAUAGUAGUUAAGUGUUAAGUGUCACUGUGCAGAGGGAGAGACAUUGUUGAGGUCAGCUACUUCUACAGGACAUUAAGCAGAUACACAGAGCAAUAAGGAUGUUAAUAGAAGCUUCAUUGACCCAACACCAAUGAUUCCAUCACAGCUCUCCAGACAAUAACUUCCCAACUCGAACACUAUUCGACCUCAAGCCAAGAAUGCAAUUAUGGCACUGACGCUUAGGCAGCUGUUGAAAUCAAAACCAAGCAAACUUGUUUAUCCCUGCGGAUAAACAUUGGACAUUCCCCCAAUAGGAAAUGGUUACAGUCGAAGAUUUUCAAGUGCAAAUGCCCAGCAUCCUUUGCAGGAUGUAAACAGUGCUGUGAGCUGUAGCAAUGACAAAUGACUGCACGUUUAACCUCAGCUCUGUUACAUUUGUGCAACCUUUAACUGAGUGGAAGUCUUUGGAAUAAGACUGUUUGAUGACAAUUUCGGAUUAUAACUGUAGAGGUCAAAACUUAAUCAACUAUAAUAAUCAUAUUUGAGUGUUUUGGUCAUUUUAUCAAGCAAAAACCACAAAUGAGCUUCUGAAAGGGAAAAGUCUGCUGUUUCUUAGAGGUUUGUGAUGAAUUUCCUAUUCUCAGGAUCCUUCUCCUCAUUUUUCAAAUAUUAAUUUAUGGGGUGCAGAAGACAGAAAGACAUUAAAUAGCAUAGCUGAAAACACCUCUAAGUAUUAGUGAUGUACUUUAAUCACUUUGCAUACAAGAAAUAAGAACUCUACACACAUUUAAAAGACUAUUCAGUCACAGUUCUGUGAUGCACAAAUGGCUUUUUCCUUUCUCAUUCAUUCUCCCUCUGCUCCAUCUGCAUCUCUGUCUCCAUACACCAACACUAUAUCCAUCCAAUAAGACCAAAUGUGUCCAAAGUGACACCUAUAAAUGGUUUCAGUCACACACAACGUCAGGUAAAUGGAGGCAUCUAUGAAGUAACGCUCUUCAAACAAGCCGUGCUGCAUUAAGGGAAACAUCCACUGUGUGUUUGUUUGCUGAGGAUGUCCGGUGCGGGUGGAACAAGUGCAGAAUAUGAUGUCUAUUCCUCAUAAAGGCCCAGCUUCAUAUUUGUUAAGCUUUUAACGGGCUUUUAGCAUUUACUGUGACUGGUCAGUGCUUACAGCUUUACAAAGGGGAAAGCUUCCACCUGUGGCAACACGGAGUAAUAUUUACUUUUAUUUCCCUGUGGCCUGAAGUGUAUUUGAUGCUGUCAGGAGUUAAAAACCAUUAAAAAAAACCCACAUAUUCUUUUCAAAAUAUGAAGUUGUUUACAUGAUUAUAAAUUCUCCACCCUUACGUUCAACAGCAUAGUUGCCUUCAGAAACGUGACCGAAACAGGAAGGCCAUUAAUGAUUAUGUAAACAGAGUGUAUGCCUUGUACGGCAUUUAUGACAGUCAGUUUAUUAGUCUUUGUCAAAGCUGUGAUGUUAUUAGGCAUCCAACAGUUAUGUGAAGCCAUCUGAGGCACCGGCAGGGUAGUCACAAACCUGGAUGUAAUUCAGGUGGAGAGAGACAUUUAAGCUCCCUGAAAAAAUAUUUGCAUUCACCAUUUGUCUUUUAUUUACAUGAACAAAUAAAGAAAUGGAAGUAUGGAGUGAGAGUUCCCAGUUGUUACUGAAUAUCCUUCUUGUAGUCUUAUAGAUGCCCACACUGAGUAAUAGAUUAUCACAUAAAUCUGUAAAACCCUGAAUUUGUUCUAAGACACCCCUUUAUUUUGUGAUGUAUUUCAAAUAUGUACUUUUUGUACUUUGAAUAUCACUGUUACAUGUAGAAGCCCAGUUUUGUUUUUCUUUGGUGUUUGGGGAAUUUCUGUGCCUAUACGAGCAGCGGGCAAACAGAGAGUCACUGCCUAAACCAGUAUCAUAUCUGUGGCUUCUGCAGCCACACUGUUUCAUACUCUUCACCCAGCAAACAGUUGCGGCCCCCCUUACAGUAUAAACUUCCUUGUGAGUUGCAAACAGUCCGCAUGUUGCAGAACUUCUUUCAAAGUUUAUAUAAAAGUGUCUUCUCAGAGAGGUGGCGGCGAUUUGCUUGGAAGUAUGAAUGAAUGACUGACCGAAACCGCACACUCACGCACAACAGCCGGAGCACCAACAAACCAGACGAACUUUACUCCGCUGGACUUUUAUUGUACCACCUUUGAAACUUCAGUUGAGGUAAUAUUUAACGGCAAAGCCCGUGUUUAACUCCAGAGAUCUCUGUGUGUGCAGCAGGCUGGAUCGAUGGAGUUGUGAUCUGGACGGAUACUAGUUGUACACUUUUACCAAAGCGCAGACACAAUGGUUUCCAUCGCCAAGGUGCUCCUCGGAGUCUUUGGGCUCGCAGUAGUCGUCAUUUUGAUAGCAGUGCCCACGGCUAUACUCCUGAGAGAGGAACAGGAGGAGGACAGCAACGGAAGGUCUUUCACCCUGGAGGAUGUCUUCAACAGUUCACUGAAACCAAGGUCCUAUAAUAUGAGAUGGAUCUCAGAUCACGAGUAUCUGCACAAGUCCCAGGACUCCGUCUUCCUCCACAACGUGGUCACAGGAACGUCCUCAGAGUUCUUGAGCAGAGACAUAUUUGAUCAAAAAGGUGCAUAUGACUACCAGCUCUCUGCUGACCGCAAAUAUGUUGCCUUCAUGAGCAACCAUUCUAAGCUGUGGAGGCAUUCAUUUACAGCUUCAUAUUCACUUUAUGACCUGGAAUCAGGCACAUUUCUCACUCCUGACAUUCCUGAUGAAGUUCAGUACUUUGCCUGGGCUCCUGAAGGGAACAAACUGGCUUAUGUUUGGGGUAAUAAUGUAUAUAUAAAGACCAGCCCUGGGGGGCAGCCAACACAAGUCACUUUCAAUGGCGAGGAGAAUAAGAUUUUCAAUGGGAUCCCAGACUGGGUGUAUGAGGAGGAGAUGUUCUCAUCCAAUCAGGGCCUCUGGUGGUCCCCUGGAGGGAAGUACGUGGCUUAUGUGGAGUCCAAUGACACUGAGGUCCAUAUCAUAGAGUACACCUGGUAUGGCAACAACCAGUACCCCAGCACUGUUUCCGUCCCAUACCCAAAGCCAGGUACUCCCAACCCUAUUGUGAAACUGUUUGUCGUGGACACUGAUAACGCGACAAAAAUCAUGGAGGUUGUUGUUCCAGCCUCAUUCAGCACGGGUGAGCACUACUUGGCCACUGUUACUUGGGUGACAGAUGAGCGUAUUGCUGUCCAGUGGCUAAAAAGGGUCCAACAACACCUUAUCCUUCAGAUCUACGAUUUCACUGGAGCUAAAUGGGAUCCUGUUGAGCACCUGGAGGUGAGCAGUCUCAACGGCUGGAUUGGGCGAUUCUCUCCUCCGGAACCUGUUUUCGACACUGACAAAAGCAGCUAUUACCUGUUGAUGAGUGAUGCCAGUGGGUACAAGCACAUCCAUCAUGUGGUUGGGAGCAAUGCUACACCCAUCACCUCGGGACAAUGGGAAGUUAUUGAUAUUCUGAAAGUGACUGCAGAUAGUGUGUAUUAUUCAAGUAACGAAGAGGGUAACAAGCCAGGAGGAAGAAAUGUUUACAAGUGGACCAAAUCACGGACAAAAAAGUGUCUGACUUGUGCGUUACAUGGAGAAAACUGCCAGUACAACUCAGCCUACUUCAGCCAAAAUGCCUCCUUCUACCGUAUGAGCUGCAGCGGUCCUGGCAUUCCUCACCAUUCUCUCAGGGAUAACCUGAAUGAUAAAGAGAUCAAAGUUCUGGAGGAGAACAAGGAAUUUAGCAGCCUGAUAUCUCACAUCCAAAUGCCCACCAUGCGUCGAGGCAUCAUUACGCUUAAUGGAUUUAAUCUCUGGUACCAGAUGUUUUUGCCUCCAGGUUUUGAUGAAUCCAAGAAGUACCCUUUACUAAUAGAUGUGUAUGCUGGUCCCUGCAGUCAGAAAGCAGAUUUCAUCUACAGGGUGAGCUGGUCCACCUACCUGGCCAGCACUGAGAAAAUCAUCGUCGCCAGCUUUGACGGAAGAGGAAGUGGUUACCAAGGCGACAAGUUAAUGCACGCAAUCUACAGACGUCUGGGAACCUAUGAGGUGGAAGAUCAGAUAACAGCAGCCAGGAAAUUCAUCGACAUGGGCUUCAUUGACAAAGACAGAGUUGCUAUUUGGGGCUGGUCUUAUGGUGGAUAUGUGACGUCUAUGGUCUUGGGAUCUGGAAGUGGAGUUUUCAAAUGCGGAAUGGCGGUUGCUCCAGUCUCCAAAUGGGUCUAUUACGACUCCAUCUACACCGAGCGUUACAUGAUGGAGCCAUCAGAGAAUUAUGAUGCCUACGCUAACUCAACAGUAACUGAAAGGGCCAAGAAUUUCCAUUCUGUGCAGUAUCUUCUGGUUCACGGAACAGCUGAUGACAACGUUCAUUUCCAGCAAGCAGCCGAGAUCUCUGAAGCUCUGGUGGAUGAGCAGGUGGACUUUGAGGCGAUGUGGUAUACAGACAAGGAUCAUGGGCUCGGUGGCUCGGCCUAUCAGCACGUCUACACCCACAUGACGCACUUCUUACAGAGGUGUUUUGCAUGAAGUCCACUGGAUCACCAAGACCUCUUUUCACUGCCUCAUGUGAAUUAAAAAAUCUUUUGGGAGAAUAAAGAAUAAUUGUAAAUACAAGCUUGAUUAUUAGUAGUCCAAAUGUCAGAAAAAGUUAAUGAGUCACAAUGUCAGUCUGUGGCUGUGCCAUUUUGUCUCAUAUAUUCAGUCAGAAUAAAAAGCUUCUGUGGAAAUUAUUAAUAUAUUUUUACCUGUAACACAUCUAUGCUGAAAAAAAUAGUUUUUGUUGUGUGCUUUUUGUUUCAUGAAUUUAUCUUUUAAAGACAUUAUGACUUGACCUGAGAAGAACAUGGAUGUAAUAAUGUGAAGAUUGAAAAUGUUCUGUCAAACUGUAACUGUACAGUUUUUUACAGUAUUGUAUAUAAUUAUGCACACCAACAUGAUGCACCACAGUGAUUCCAUACCACUGAAUGUGUGAUGUAAUAUUUUUUAAUAAUAAAGAAUGAAAUGAU